AUUUUCUAGGUAAAGAAUCUCUCUCCCGAAAAAAGGACCGAAGGAGGCAAACAACUCUUCUCUCAUUGUCGGUUCCCUUUUCCCUCGAAAACCCCACCGAAUUUUCUCGCAGAGCGGAAUGAUGAGGCUGCGGACGUAUGCUGGUCUCAGUUUAGUUGCGACACUAGCUGUUAUUUAUCAUGCAUUCAACAGUAGAGGCCAGUUUUAUCCUGCUAUGGUUUAUUUAUCAACCUCUAAGAUCAGCUUGGUGCUGCUUCUCAACAUGGGACUUGUUGCUAUGUGUAUCUUAUGGCAAGUAACCAAACGGCUAUUCCUUGGUUCUCUUCGUGAAGCUGAGGUUGAGCGGUUGAAUGAGCAGUCAUGGAGAGAGGUUAUGGAGAUCCUCUUUGCAAUCACUAUUUUUCGGCAGGACUUCUCGGUUACGUUUCUCGCAAUGGUUACAAUUCUGUUGUUAAUCAAGGCUUUGCAUUGGUUGGCACAGAAGAGGGUUGAGUACAUUGAAACAACCCCUUCUGUUCCCAUGUUGUCUCAUGUUCGGAUAGUUUCUUUUCUGGGUUUCCUUUUUCUUCUAGAUUCUCUGUUUUUGUACAGUUCGAUCAAGUUUCUGAUCCAAACACAACAAGCUUCAGUUUCCCUCUUCUUUUCAUUUGAGUACAUGAUACUGGCAACGACUACAGUUUCAACUUUUGUAAAAUAUGUUUUCUAUGUGAGUGACAUGCUUAUGGAAGGACAAUGGGAAAAAAAGGCUGUCUAUACCUUCUACUUGGAGCUCAUCCGGGAUUUGCUUCACUUGUCUAUGUAUUUAUGCUUCUUUCUUGUGAUUUUCAUGAACUAUGGUGUACCUUUGCACUUAAUACGGGAGCUUUAUGAGACCUUUAGGAAUUUCAAAAUUCGUGUUGCUGAUUACAUGCGUUAUAGGAAAAUCACUUCUAAUAUGAACGAGAGAUUCCCAGAUGCCACCCCUGAAGAACUCACUGCAAGCGAUGCGACCUGUAUUAUAUGUCGUGAAGAGAUGACCACAGCAAAGAAGUUAAUUUGUGGACAUCUUUUUCACGUGCACUGCCUUCGAUCAUGGCUGGAGAGACAGCAUACCUGCCCUACAUGCAGAGCACUGGUUGUACCAACUGAAAACGGAGCAAGUUCAUCUGGAGGGCAACAUGAACCUCGGUCAGAUGCUCAUCAACAAGUGGGAACUGGGGCGCGCACAAAUUCACCUACACAAGGUCCUGGUGGUGACAUGGCCACUGAAAAUUUGACCCGGCAUCAGGCCAGGCUCCAGGCUGCUGCUUCUGCAGCGUCAAUAUAUGAGAAAUCGUAUGUAUAUCCUUCUGCAAACACACUAGUUUGCUCUCCAGGGUAUGCUUUACUUCCCAAGGCUUAUGGAUCAUUGGCUGACUCCACGAAGGUGGAAUCUAGUGGGGAAAGCACAUCCAUUGGACAACAACAGUUUGCCAUUCCUGGUGGACAUGCAAAUUUGUCUUUUCCACAAUUCCCACAUUGUGUUUUUGGUACUUUCCAAUUACCUGGUGCCAGUGGAAGCUUAGGAGAAGGAUUUGGGAGUAAUCAGAAUAUUCCAGAUUCUCAGUUAGAAGCUCAGGAGAAGAUUAUUCAGCAGCAGAUCGAGGUGCUGCAACAUCAGCUGCAACUGCUGCAGAUGCAGCAGCCAAAAACUGAGGAGAGCAUGGACAUUGGUCUCACAGCCUCAUCAGAUAGAAAAGGAAAGACCAUUGCGUCCUCUUCUGAAGAGUGAAGAGAGUACAUAGUUCUUCCACAACCGUAGGGUUUUCUUUUUGUUUUUGUUUUUUUUUUUUUUUUGACAUGGGAACUAAUGAAUGAGUAUUAAGGGGGGGGGGGGGGAGAGAGAGAGAGAGAGAGAGAGAGAGAUAAGUUUAGCCAAAAAUUAUGGCAUUGCUUCCCUGACGGCCGAAAUCAAAAGGAGCAAUGUUUUACCUUACCUUCAUCACGUAUCAUUUUUAAUUCAGUCUCUUUUGCAUUAAAGAUGGAAAUUGCAGGUGAUAACAGUUUGUAUUUAAUUGUAUUGGGUCGUUUAGAUAAGAUGUGAAUGUCUAGCUAUAACAAGUAGGACUAGGAACAUUCAAUUGGUUUCGGCAUUUAUUGGCGCAUCAUCAAUUUUUCUUCUUUGGAACUUCAAAAGCAAGGUUUUGGCUUGUGAUUGUGGUACAUAGGAUUCUUGAUAGGAUUGGAUUAAAGCAAAGAUUGAUUAGUAAAUCAUUGCGCAAUUUGUAGGAUUCUAGUGUUCUAAUCCAAGUCUUUUAUGAACGAAUGAACUUUCAUCUCGCAAUCACUGUGCAUAUCAGGAUUGCUUAGGAUAGGAUAGGGUUCAUUUGGGUGACGGUCCAUUCCAAUGUAUCUUUUUUAACAUGCGUACAAUCAAUGGAGCUUUUAAUUGUGUAUGACUUAUUGGAAAGAGUGAUUUUACGCCUAUACAAAUGCAGUUUUAGUGAAGUAUGAUUUUU